UGUUGCUAUUGUAUUGGGAGAUUUUCUUUGGAGCAACCGGUUCCAUACGCACGGCGUUAACGAACGGAUUCGUGCGUUGUGUGGUUUUUAGAGAAGGAUUUUUGUGAUAGUGGGACUAGUGUCGCUCAGCGGUGAAGCGCAAUCAUGGAGGGAUCAUUUGGAUGUAUUUGGGCGAAAAGACUUUCGGUAUUUGUCUGGUUAUGCUAUGUCGCCGGCGAUUCAACAUCAUAUAGUGCAGAGACCUCAUCGUCAUCUCCGUCCCAGACAGGCCAGGUGUUCGUGGACUUCAGCUUGGUUCUGGAACCCCAGGACACGGUGACAUUACGGGGCGGUGUUCUCCAGCUGGACUGCGAGGCUCAGUCAGAUCAGGGUAUUCCAGUUAUCGUCUGGAAGAAGGACGGGGUGCUGCUCAGCGCCGUGGUGGACGAGAGGAGACAGCAGUUCCCUAACGGGUCUCUAGUGGUCCAGAACGUGGUUCACUCACGACACCACCGACCUGACGAGGGGCUCUACCAGUGUCUGGCAGCGCUAGAGGGAGUGGGGGCCAUAGUCAGUCGCACGGCUAAAGUCACUGUCUCUGGUCCGUUGAAGCUCGUGGUCCCUACAGAGUCAGUGUCCUCCUACCUGGGUGACACGGCCCUGCUGCGCUGUGAGGUGACUGGUGAUCCCAUGCCCGUGGUACGCUGGCAGAAGAACAGAGAGUACCUGCCACUCACCUUAACCCCAGAGAGCAGAGUGGUGGUACUUCCCUCUGGCUCGCUCCAGGUUAGCAAGGUUCAACCACCAGACUCUGCCACCUACCGCUGCCUGGCAGACAACCCUGGCAGCGCCCGCACCGGCAGUGACGCAGACCUACGAGUGUUGCCAGAGCCUGGAACCACCAGGGGCCUUCUGUUUCUCCAGCAGCCCCAGAGAGUCACCUCCCUCCUGGGGAGAGAUGCUGUGUUGGAGUGCUCCGCUUCGGGGUUCCCCACCCCCGCCUUCCACUGGAUGAGAGGCACUGAGAUUAUCCAGAGCAGGUCUAAGAAGUACUCCCUGCUGGGCGGCAGUAACCUCCUGAUCAGCAGCGUAACAGACGAUGAUUCAGGCUCCUACAGCUGCGUGGCGUUUAACAAGAACCAGAACAUCACGGCUUCUUGCGAGCUGUCCGUUCUCGUGCCACCCCAGUUCCUGAACUACCCCACCAACACGUAUGCCUAUGAGAGUACGGACAUGGAGCUGGAGUGUGCUGUAACGGGGAACCCUCCUCCUACGGUGCACUGGAUGAAGAACGGAGAGGAGGUCAUCCCCAGUGACUACUUCCAGAUCGUUGAUGGCAGUAACCUCCAGAUCCUUGGUCUCGUGAAGUCAGAUGAAGGUUUCUAUCAGUGUGUGGCUGAGAACGAAGCAGGGAACGCCCAGGCUAUGGCCCAGCUCAUACUGAGAGAGCCAGUUGUCCCCAGCUCAGGUGUCCUCCUCCCCUCUGCUCCCCGUGACGUGGCCCCUGUCCUAGUGUCCAGCCGUUUUGUCCGCCUCAGCUGGCGCCCCCCGCAGGAGACCAGAGGAACUGUCCAGACUUACGGCAUCUACUACUCCCAGGACACAGUCAACAGGGAGAGGUCUGUGAACGUGUCGGAGCCAGAGACCCUCCAGUUGACUGUCAGUAACCUGAAGCCAGAGGAGACCUACUCCUUCAGAGUGGUGGCCUACAACGACAACGGGCCUGGCGAGAGAUCCGAGACACUCAAACUCACCACGCCGCCAGAGUUGCUGGUCCCCGGGCCGGUGGAGAACCUCCAGGUAGAAUCCAUCUCCCCCACCUCCAUCCAGGCCUCCUGGGACGCCCCGGUCUACGCCAACGGGCCCCUGCUGGGGUACAGACUGCUCUGGACUGAGACACCCUCUGGCAAGGAACAGAGUGUGGAGGUGAACGGGCAGAGUUAUAAGAUGGAGGGACUUCAGAAGUUCACAGAGUACUCGUUAUGUGUCCUGGCGUUGAACCGCUACGGCCCUGGGAUCAGCACAGAGGACAUGAGCAUCACCACGCUUUCUGAUGUACCAAGUGGCCCUCCACAGAACAUCUCCUUGGAAGUAGUUCUGUCAAGAAGCAUUAAGGUCAGCUGGCAGCCCCCUCCUCCCAACAGCCAGAACGGGUUCAUCACCGGCUACAAGCUCCGACACCGGAAGACCGGUCGACGAGGAGACCAGGAGGCCAUCGAACCUAACAACUUCUGGUACCUGUUCACAGACCUGGAGAAAGGAAGUCAGUACAGUUUCCAGGUCUCUGCCAUGACAGCUAACGGCACGGGCCCGGCCAGCGAGUGGUUCACCGCCGAGACGCCAGAGAAUGACCUUGAUGAGAGCCAAGUCCCGAACCAGCCGAGUUCCCUCCACGUCCGACCCCUGCCCAACAGCAUCAUCAUGAGCUGGACUCCUCCCCUCAACCCCAACAUCCUAGUACGGGGCUACAUCAUUGGCUACGGAGUAGGAAGUCCCUACGCUGAGACGGUCAGGGUGGACAGUAAGCAGCGAUACUACGCCAUAGAAAACCUGGAGCCCAGUUCCCACUAUGUCAUCUCCCUAAAGGCGUUCAACAAUGCAGGAGAGGGUGUCCCCCUGUAUGAGAGUGCUGUGACCAGGUCUAUAACAGACUCCAUUGAUCCAUCAGACGACGAUCUGUUCCAUCUGUUUGAUAAAUAUCCUACUCCCAUGCCAGAUACGUCCACCCCCAUGAUCCCCCCAGUAGGUGUCCAGGCCGUGGCCCUGACCCCAGACUCUGUCAGGGUCAGCUGGGCAGACAACUCCAUGACCAAGAACCAGAAGACCACUGAGGUUCGCUACUACUCCGUCAAGUGGAAGACCAGCUACUCUACUAGCGGGAAGUUCAAGUCUGCAGACACUACAGCCCUCAGCCACACCGUCACUGGCCUCAAACCCAACACCAUGUACGAGUUUGCUGUCAUGGUCACCAAGGGCCGUAAGUCCAGCACGUGGAGUAUGACAGCUCACGCUACUACGUACGAAGCAGCGCCCAGCUCCGCCCCUAAGGACCUGACGGUGAUCAGCAGGGAGGGAAGACCCAGAGCCAUCCUGAUCAGCUGGCAACCCCCCAUGGAGGCUAACGGACGAGUCAUGGGCUAUAUCCUGUACUACACCCUGGAUAAGAACAUGCCUAUAGAUGACUGGGUAAUGGAGAGUAUCAGUGGAGAUCGUCUGACCCACCAGGUGAUGGACCUGAACCUGGACACCGUCUACUACUUCAGGAUCCAGGCUAAGAAUGCCAAGGGAGUGGGUCCCCUGUCUGACCCCAUCCACUUCAGGACUAACAAAGUGGAACACCCAGACAAGAUGGCUAACGAUCAAGGUCGCCAUGGAGACGGAAGCUACUGGCCCUCUGACAACAACCUGAUUGAUAGGAGCAGUCUGAACGACAUUGGUCAGAUGCGUCCUCCUCACGGCAGUGUGACGCCCCAGAAGAACAGCAACCUCCUGGUCAUCAUCGUGGUCUCCGUGGGAGCCGUUACUGUGGUAGUGGUCAUCAUAGUAGCGCUCAUAUGCACCAGGCGUUCCUCCGCACAACAGAGAAAGAAGCGUGCCACUCACAGUACCGGGAAGCGAAAAGGUAGUCAGAAGGACCUGAGACCUCCAGACCUGUGGAUCCAUCAUGAGGAGAUGGAACUGAAGAACAUUGAGAAGCCUACCAGCGCCGCCCCCUCUGGAUGUGAUUCGCCCAUCCAGGGUUCCAUCCAGGAAAUCCGGUCUCAGUCUGUCAGUCACAGCCAAUCAGAGAGUCAGAUGGGAAGCAAGAGCAGCCACUCAGGUGUGGACAAUGACGAGGCUUCCAGCUGCAUCUCUACGUUAGAGCGCUCCCUAGCUGCCCGGAGGGCAACGCGUACCAAGCUGAUGAUCCCCAUGGACUCCCAGCCCAGCAACACCCCUGUUGUCAGUGCCAUCCCAGUGCCAAUUCUGGAGAGCAGUCAGUACCCUGGCAUCCUGCCCUCGCCCACCUGCGGGUACAACCAUGGUUCUCUGACCACCCACCCCAAGUUCACCCUGAGACCCAUGCCCUUCCCCAGCCUCACCGUGGACCGAUGCUACGCAGCAGCGAUGUCGACAGAGGGUCCGCUGGGGGUUCAGCAGCAGCAGCAGCAUACUCUGAUUACCAGCAGCAGUAGUCAGCCAGGUGUAGGAGGAGCAGGCGGUGGAGGUGAGCUCUCUCUCCCUGGCGCAGAAGAGGUAGGGGCCACCUCUACCCGUACCAUCCCCACCGCCUGUGUCAGGCCAACGCACCCCCUACGAAGCUUCGCCAAUCCCCUCCUGCCUCCCCCCAUGGGGACCAUCGACCCCAAGGUCUACACACCCAUGAUGCCACAUUCAAGUGCCAGCCUUCCCAAGCCAACAGUAAAAACAGCAUCUCUGGGGCAAGUUGGCAAGGCCAGAUCACCACUACUACCGGUCUCCGUGCCAACAGCCCCCGAGAUGGGUGAAGAGGGACAGAAACAACCAGAAGACUCAGCCAAUGUUUACGAACAGGACGACUUGAGUGAACAGAUGGCGAGCCUAGAGGGACUCAUGAAGCAACUCAACGCCAUCACUGGCUCGGCCUUUUAACCCCAGCAGCCCUGGCAGAGAGUCCCACCCAGACAGUCCGUCAGACCUUAACAGCAGCAGCACAGACAGCAGAACCACAGUAUUACACCAUAGGGCAGGGCACAGAGAGGGGGGGUAAUGGUGUCAGAACCUCAGAAACAUAGAUACUUCUCCACCCCCCCCUCCCCCAAAUACUGUAACCAACCCUUCUAACAGACCUCUAUGUAACCCUAUAAAUACAGUAACCAACCCCCCUGACAGACCUCUCUCUACCCCUAUAAAUACAGUAACCAACCCCCCUGACAGACCUCUCUGUAAUCCCAAAACAUCAAGACUAACGAUUAAGGAGAAUCUAAAAGAUUUCCCUAGUGUUGAUUUCCCUUUAAAACACCACCUUUUGAGUUUUCAUUUAUCAGUGUUAAUUUUGGAGGGUUUCCUUGUGCGUUACUGGUGUAUUGGAUUGAACUUUGAACUGAAGGCAUAAGUGUUACAGCUGGGUCUAUAGUAUUAGACCUUUGGAUUGGUUAUUAUCUCCAGACACCAACGUUUCCCCAGACCCCUCGUUCACCAACGUUUCUCUGGACCCCUCGUUCACCACUGUUUCCCUGGACCCCUCGUUCACCAACGUUCACCCGGACCCCUCGUUCACCAAUGUUUCUCUGGACUCCUCGUUCACCAACAUUUCUCUGGACCCCUCGUUCACCAACGUUUCCCUGGACCCCUCGUUCACCAACGUUUCCCUGGACCCCUCGUUCACCAACGUUCACCCGGACCCCUUGUUCACCAACGUUUCUCUAGACUCCUCGUUCACCAACAUUUCUCUGGACCCCUCGUUCAACAACGUUUCCCUGGACCCCUCGUUCACCAACGUUCACCCGGACCCCUCGUUCACCAACGUUUCUCUGGACCCCUCGUUCACUAACGCUUCCCUUGACCCCUCGUUCACCAACGUUUCCCUGGACCCCUCGUUCACUAACGCUUCCCUGGACCCCUCGUUCACCAACGUUUCCCUGGACCCCUCGUUCACCAACGUUUCUCUGGAACCCCUUGUUCACUAACACUUCCCUGGACCCCUCGUUCACUAACGUUUCCCUGGACCCCUCGUUCACUAACACUUCCCUGGACCCCUCGUUCACUAACGUUUCCCUGGACCCCUCGUUCACUAACACUUCCCUGGACCCCUCGUUCACUAACACUUCCCUUUACCCCUCGUUCACUAACGUUUCCCUGGACCCCUCGUUCACUAACACUUCCCUGGACCCCUCGUUCACUAACACUUCCCUGGACCCCUCGUUCACUAACGUUUCCCUGGACCCCUCGUUGCCUGGUGAUGUUGUGAGACAACAAGGGAGGUCUCACAGUAACCACACCCUUACAGCGUUGGAAUGAAACGUACACCAACUCCUUGUGAACCCGAGGCUGUCCAAAUAUGGACACCGUACACACGCUCCCUCUUCUCUUUCCUAAAACAGUGACACAGUCAGUGACCACAGCCUAGAACAUUCUACAGGCUGUGAGGAACACUGGUUAGGCCCCGGGUACUGGAUCAUCUCAAUACGGACUCUACAGAACCAAGUUCAGACUCUGGAAAGUUCUGGAUCCUUGUUCAGGUCCAUUUGUGUUGCUGCUCCUCAACUGAACAUCUGCCCUGGUUGUGUUGCUACCCUAUAUCACAACUACAGACAGCUGUUGAAAUCGUUAAAACAACACCAAGAAUUAUAACCAGGCGCUCCAGUCAAUGUAUGAAUGGUCUUGGAACGUACUGGGAUUCAAGACCGUAUCAAAUGGUAUUUACAGGGGUUGGAAGGCUUUUUGUAUGAAUGUAUGCUAUUUACUCUGAACAAUCCAUUGUUUUGGUUAAUACCACCUUAUUCACAACAUACAGCGUCUUGUGCAUUAUUAUUAAAACCCCCGAGAGAUGUUUCUUUUUUGUUGUUGAUUAUGGCGGCGUUGAUGCUAUUGAUGAGUCGUCAUGUUAACAGUUAAGGUUUUCAUGAGACAGACACAUCAGUUUAAGGUUGUACGGUUGACUGACUAACAAUGUGAUCACACAGGGGUUUGUUUUUGGUCAUUUUUAUAUGAUAAACGAUUAUAUUAUUCCAUAUAGUAUAUUUUUACAUCAGCAGUUCUGUCAAAGCUGCAGUACAACUAUUUUUAAACCAAUUGAUUAAACCCUACUGGCUUCUAAUCUAGUUUUACAUUAUGGGGCUGCAUGGGUUGCUAUGCAUCACUGAGGAUAGAUACUGUACAUAACCUGAAGCCUUUUAACAAAACAUGGCUUCAAUAUGUACCACUUAAGUGAUAAAUGAAUCAUUAAUCGCCAUGAAAAUAGGACAUCAAUAUUCGCAUGUUUGAUUCUGGUAACCCACGGUAACUGUGCUCCCUUUAUCAUUUGCAAGCCUCUAUAUUUCCCCUCCCCCUCUGAAGAUGGAUUGACCCAGAGAGUUGUAGCGUUAGCUACAUUGUCAUUCAGAACAUGUUUAGAUUAGAACACAGGAGAUAAAGGGUUAGCUACAUUGUCAUUCAGAACAUGUUUAGAUUAGAACGCAGGAGAUAAAGCGUUAGCUACAUUGUCAUUCAGAACAUGUUUAGAUUAGAACACAGGAGAUAAAGCGUUAGCUACAUUGUCAUUCAGAACAUGUUUAGAUUAGAACACAGGAGAUAAAGGGU